AUGCUAAAUCGUUAUACAACAAAAUUGAAUUUGUUUCUUUUCACAUUGUUAUUUAUUCUUUAUUUGUGUUUCGGUGCUUAUGUAUUUUCAUUUGUUGAACAACCAACAGAACAAAUGGUUAUUAAUGAAAUGGCAAAAACACGAAAAGAUUUUCUUGGGAAAUAUCCAUGUGUACAAGAAGAUGAUUUCGAAUCAUUUAUUGUUACAUUACUUGAUGCGAAUAAACACGGAGUAGAUGCUCGGACAAAUUUUACUACCGUGGAUAAUUGGUCUUUCGCACAAUCAUUCUUCUUUGCGGUGACGGUUGUCACUACGAUCGGAUAUGGCCAUGUAAGUCCUUUGUCAGACACUGGUCGCAUAAUCUGUAUUAUAUAUGCUAUUAUUGGUGUUCCCAUGACAUUACUAUUACUCACUAUUAUCGUUCGAAAACUUCUCAUUCUACUCAAUAGUACUUACAUAUGGUUUCGUGUAAGGUUUUCAUCUGAUACAAGAUCUGAAUCGAAAAUUCGUUUUGUACAUUUAUCAAUAAUUCUUAUAUUUUCACUUAUUUUUCUAUUUAUUAUUCCAUCCAUUGUAUUCACGUAUCUUGAAGAAAACUGGUCGUUUAUUGAUGCAUUCUAUUUUUGUUUUAUUUCAUUGACAACAAUUGGCCUGGGAGACAUCGUCGCUGGAGAUUCGCCAACACAACGUAAUCGACUUUUUUAUAAAAUAUGUUUAACAGUUUAUCUAUUGGUUGGUGUAACAAUUAUGAUGUUAGUUGUGGCAAUGAUUUCACUGAUUCCCGAACUUCGUUUGAUACAAUUUUUUCUAAGUGAACAAGAAGUUGAAAACGAACAAGAACGUUUAUCAACAUCCGAAAAAUCUGGAUUGCUUUGGUUACCACGUUCAGUAUCAAUUCAUUCUUAUGGUAGUCGUAAUGUACCAGUUGGUCAACCAUACCGUCGACAAAUAAAUGAAACCGACAAUACGGCAACUAUGACAACUGAGACUUCAAAGAGUUAA